AGGACCAGUUUUCCUUUGUCUAUUUAUUUGAUUUGACUAUUUGUAUGUCGACCAUGACCAAAUAGACGUGAAUACAAGUUGGAAAAGUAAUCAAAAAACGCUUUGUCCUGUCUUCUCGAACUGCCCAAAACCCCAACUGCUCCUUAUAGACUGCCACUCUGAUAAACCUCAAAACACCUUCAUUUUCAACAUAUUGUACCCACCCACCCCUUCAAAGUUGGAGCCUUCUGCCAUGGGUAUUAUUAAGGUUUAACUUUAAGCUUCCCCUCUUGCAAAUAUACAUCCCUUUCUCCCAUAUCUUUCACCCCAAUAUAUCAGUUUUUUCUCUUCAUCAUGGACUCCCGUCAAAUUAUUGCCAAGUCCAGACACCGGCACUAUUACUCUCCUUUUCCUUCUUGUUUCCGACGCCCUAUUGAGGUAGCUGCCGCCUCCGCCGCCGCCUCUCGUCCUCAUCCUCAGCCACCAGUUGCUGCCAAUCCCAACCUUGUCACCUCCCUCUACAACACCCACCUCGGCCUCAUUGCUCUCACUUGGUCCCGCAACCUCUUCGGCAGAUCUUUUCACAUCCAUUUUCUCCUCAACGACUCUGAUGGAUUUGUUGAGUGCAAUAGUACUAUGAUCUCUUCUCCUCAUGAUUUAUCCCCUUUCCACCUCCACAUCAAGCCCUUUGUUUUCUGGAAGAAACAAGGCUCCAAGGAGCUCCAUAACAAUGUUCACAUCUUUUGGGAUCUUUCCAAAGCUAAAUUCGGAUCCGGCCCUGAAGCUCGAUCUGGAUUCUUCAUCGCCGUCAUCAUUAAAGGAGAAAUGGUUCUUCUUGUCGGCGAUUUACCCAAAGAAGCUUACUCCCGUACCCGAGCUCGAAAGCCAGAGAAGAAUCCGAUUCCAAAUAUGGUGCUUAGGAGGGAACAUGUUUGUGGGUACAAACUGUACAUAACAAAAGCAAACUUUGGGGGAAAAGAAAAAGAAAUAUCCAUUGAUUGCAGAAUUGGGGAAGAUCCUAGGUUGUUUUUCAGCGUGGAUAACAAAAGGACGUUGCAGAUUAAGCACUUGAAAUGGAAAUUCAGAGGCAAUGAGAGGAUUGAAGUAGAUGGGGUUCCCGUACUGGUUUCAUGGGAUGUGUAUAACUGGUUAUUUGAUGAUGACGAAGAUGGAUAUGCUCUAUUCAUGUUCAAAUUUGAGAAAUCAAGCUUUGACGACCACCAAUUCAAUAAUGGAAUUCAGAUGUGGUCCCAACAAUCUUGUGGAUUUGGAUUCGAAACAAAGAUGAUGAAGAAAGGCGUAUUGAGAAGUACUUCAUCUUCUUCAUCUUUGUCUUCAGCAUCUUCAAGCUGUAGCUCUGUAAUGGAGUGGGCUAGCACCGAAGAAAAUAAAUUGAAGGGUCCUUCUGGAUUUUCUUUGCUCGUUUAUGCUUGGAAGGGUUGAGUUAAUUAGUUCCAACAAGGAAAUUAAAAGUUGUUACUCAUCUUACUGACCUUUUGUUCUCUUUGAAAUUAAACUAACCCCAUUUAUUCAUGUUAAAUAGUAUACUGUAGCAGAAUAAACCAGGAAAUAUUAGGUGUAUAGUUUACGUCCUUGCAUAGAUUUUUCCAUCUCUAUCUAUCUGCUACUGAACCUGCUACUCUCUGUUCUUUAAAACUUAUUCCAAUGGAUUCAAUGUAAUAACGCUCUUUGAGAAAAAUAUAUUGAAAUAUACAAGUUUUUCUUUAAA